AGUCACCCCAUUCGCAGCUGCAGACCCACAUAGGUUGAGCACUGAGCUGCUGGCUGGCUUCAGUGCACAGGAGUGUUGUGCAGGGCAUAAACACUGAUAACAGGACUCCAUCCAUCAAAUCAUCCAUUCAGCCUUAAUAACAACACAGCAACAAAUACACACACAGACACACACACACACACACAUAUAUAUAUAUAUACAUACACAUCUCCCAUCAUAUUUGUGGCUCCACUGCAUUCAUUGCUCAUUCCCCUUCUCCUUGUGUGGAGGGAGGAAAAUAUACCCAUUUGGAGACCCAGAGAGUCAUCGAGAGAAUGGUUCAGAACAAGACAACCGAGUUAAAAGGUUUUCAUCGCUCAUUCAAGGGGCAGACUCCUUUUGAUGAUGAUUGCGAAGACACAGGGCCACCUCACAUUGAGUCGGUGUUUAACUUUGACUGCCCAAACAGGCCAGAUAUGCCUUCCAGCCAACCCAUAGACAUCCCAGAUUGCAAAAAGAGAAACAAGAAGAAGAAAAGAUGCAGAGCGACAGAUAGCUUCAGUGGCAAAUUCGAAGACGUAUACAGACUGAAAGAGGAGAUGCUGGGGGAGGGGGCGUUUGCCAGGGUACAGACCUGUAGAAACCUCAUCACCAACAAGGAGUACGCUGUGAAGAUCAUUGAGAAGAGGCCUGGUCAUAGUCGAAGCCGGGUGUUUCGAGAGGUGGAGAUGCUGUAUCAAUGUCAGGGACACAGGAACAUUCUUGAACUGAUUGAAUUUUUUGAAGAGGAAGACAAGUUCUACUUGGUUUUUGAGAAAAUGAGAGGAGGCUCAGUAUUAACGCACAUACACAGACGGAAGCACUUCAACGAGCUGGAAGCCAGUAUCGUUGUACGGGAAAUAGCGAGUGCCCUGGACUACCUUCACAACAAAGGUAUGGCUCACAGAGACCUGAAACCAGAGAAUAUCUUGUGCGAGACCCCAGAUCAGCUGUCCCCAGUCAAGAUCUGCGACUUCGACUUGGGAAGUGGAAUAAAACUGAAUGGCGACUGCUCUCCCAUCUCCACCCCUGAACUCCUGACACCGUGUGGGUCUGCCGAGUACAUGGCGCCGGAAGUGGUGGAGGCGUUCAAUGAAGAGGCCACGAUAUACGACAAGCGCUGUGACCUGUGGAGCCUGGGAGUCAUACUGUACAUCAUGCUGAGCGGAUACCCUCCCUUUGUCGGAAACUGUGGCACUGACUGUGGCUGGGAUCGAGGGGAGGCCUGCUUAUCCUGCCAAAAUAAUCUGUUCAAGAGCAUCCAAGAAGGAAACUACGAGUUCCCAGACAAGGAGUGGGCUCACAUCUCCUUUGGAGCCAAAGACCUGAUCACGAAGCUCCUGGUCCGAGAUGCUAAGAAGAGACUAAGUGCAGCACAAGUGCUUGAGCACCCUUGGGUGCAAGGGUGUGCUCCAGAGAAUACACUUCCAUCAUCCCGGCUUCUCCAGAGGAACAGCAGUGCCAAAGACCUGACCUUCUUUGCCGCGGAGGCCAUCGCGGUGAAUAGGCAGCUGACUCAGAACGAAGAAAAUCAGGACGAGGGGAACAGGCCGACCCUCAUCAAAGCUACCUCAUGCUCCAUGCGCCUGUCUCCCCCAUCUGAGUCCCAGCUGGCCAAGCGGAGGCAGAGGACGAGCAUCAUCAAGGCCGUCAAUCAGCAACUGCUGGCACCCUUGGUGCUGGUUGGCAAUUGUGUAUGACAGCCAUUCUCCCUCGCUCCCUCCUUCCCUCCUCCCCUCUCGCUCCCUCCCUCCUUCCCUCCAAAGCGCUUGGCGUCCCAACCAGAUCCUUUCUGUUGACUGGCUUCCAAAGUCUGGUGACGUUGCCAUUGCUGCUUUGCCCAAACGCUGUUUACAACAAUGACGCAACCUGAAACAGAGAUUAUUAUGCAAAGCUGUGACGCCAUCAGUGGAGGGCAGUGGCAAGCAAGUUAGUGAGGAUUGAAUCGAGACUUCUAGUCUCUUCGCCAAAGGAAUUCUUUUUUUUUCUAUGUAAUAUAUAUA